AUGGGGCGUAUUUCAACUGUUUCAUACUCUAUUCUCAUUAAUGGCUCAUCUCAAGCUUGGUUUCAACCUAUAAGGGGUUUAAGACAAGAGGAUUCAUUAUCCCCCCAUAUUUUUAUCCUUGUAUCUGAAGUUUUGAGCUCCCUCUUGAAUCAUGUUGAAACUUCUAAGCAGAUUCAAGGUGUCCAAUUUGGUAGAAGCAAGUUAAGCAUUAACCACUUAUUUUUUGCAGAUGAUAGUUUGUUGUUUUGUCGAGCAAAUGCAAUGGAAUGGGCUAAGAUUCUGGACUUGCUUGAUCUCUUUGAAAGAGCCUCAGGACAGCAACUCAACAAGAACAAAACCUCCAUCUUUUUCAGUGCAAAUACAAAGAGACUGACAAGAGAAUACAUCUUGGAUUUGGUUAGAAUCAUAGCUACAUCUUUCUAUGAAAAAUACAAUGGCUUACCUACCCUAAUUGGUAGGUCAAGGUAUCAAGCUUUUGAAGGGAUUUUGGAUCGAGUUAGAAGUAGAGUGAGCAAUUGGAAGACAAAACUGCUCUCACAAGCAUGGAAAGAGAUUCUAGUGAAGGCUGGGGUUCACGCUCUUCCUACCUAUUGCAUAGGGGUUUUCAAGUUGCCUAAGUCACUUCUAAGGGAGCUUAAUAGAGUUAUGCAUCAAUUUUGGUGGAGCCAACAACAUAAUGAGCAAAAAUUCCACUGGGUUUCUUGGAAGCAAAUGGGGAAGGCCAAAUCUGCAGGUGGUUUGGGUUUCAGCCAAUUAGAGAGCUUUAACCUUGUUUUAUUGGCUAAACAGUGUUGGAGGAUACUUUAG